GCGGCGGCGGCGGCGGCGGGCCCGGAGCAAGAUGGCGCUGCGGCCGGGAACGGGAGCUGGCGGCGGCGGGGCCGCGGGACCUGGCGCGGGGCCUGCCGGGGGAGGCAGCUUCAUGUUUCCAGUUGCAGGUGGAAUAAGACCCCCUCAAGCAGGUCUGAUGCCGAUGCAGCAACAAGGAUUUCCUAUGGUCUCCGUCAUGCAGCCUAAUAUGCAAGGCAUGAUAGGAAUGAAUUACAGCUCUCAGAUGUCCCAGGGACCUAUUGCUAUGCAGGCAGGGAUACCAAUGGGACCAAUACCAUCAGGAGGAAUGCCUUACCUGGGACAAGCACCAUUCCUAGGAAUGCGUCCUCCAGGCCCACAGUACACUCCAGACAUGCAGAAGCAGUUUGCCGAGGAGCAGCAAAAACGAUUUGAACAGCAGCAAAAGCUCUUAGAAGAAGAAAGAAAAAGACGGCAGUUUGAAGAGCAGAAGCAAAAGCUCAGACUUCUGAGUAGUGUGAAACCCAAGACAGGAGAGAAGAGUAGAGAUGAUGCUUUGGAAGCCAUAAAAGGAAACUUAGAUGGGUUUUCCAGAGAUGCUAAGAUGCAUCCUACUCCAGCAUCACACCCUAAGAAACCAGAUUAUCCCACAUCAUCUCAUUCUGCUAAAACUGUCUCCCCAUCACCCGCCUUUCUUGAUGAAGAAGAAUUCAGUGACUUUAUGCAGGGGCCUGUUGAAGCUCCCACAUGUGGGCCUUCUUCCACUUCCCAGCCUUUUCAGUCUUUCCACCCCACCGCCCCACUUGUCCAGUUGCAUGCUCAGAAGGCUGGAGCACAGUAUAUCCCUCCAGGCCCUUCCUUGGAGGAGAAGCUCCUAAUAUCUUGUGAUAUAAGUACAUCUGGGCAGGAACAAAUUAAAUUAAAUACUUCUGAAGUUGGGCACAAAGCCCUAGGCCCAGGUUCCAGUAAGAACCAUCCCAGUUUAACAGCCAAUAACGGGGGUGCUGUAGAUGGACGUGUAAGUGGUACCACUACCGCAGAGGCAGAAAAGACUUCAGACCAAAACCUGUCCAUUGAGGAGAGUGGUGUGGGAGUAUUUCCCUCACAGGAUCCUGUUCAGCCCAGAAUGCCUCCUUGGAUAUACAAUGAAAGUUUGGUUCCAGAUGCGUAUAAGAAAAUUUUAGAAAGCACAAUGACUCCGACUGGAAUAGAUACUGCUAAACUUUAUCCCAUCCUGAUGUCAUCCGGACUUCCCAGGGAAACUCUUGGACAGAUAUGGGCCUUAGCUAAUCGAACCACACCUGGCAAACUUACUAAAGAAGAACUUUAUACUGUUCUCGCCAUGAUAGCAGUAACACAGAGGGGUGUUCCUGCCAUGAGUCCCGAUGCUUUAAAUCAGUUUCCAGCGGCUCCUGUUCCAACUUUAAGUGGCUUUCCUAUGACUUUACCUCCUGCUGUGAGUCAGCCAACUGGGAUGCCUUCAGGGCCUGCAGGCUCCAUGCCCCUCACCCUCAGACAGCCAGUCAUGGGCAUUAAUCUUGGACCAGUCGGGGGAGCUGCAGCCCAGACUUCCAGUGGCUUCAUGUCAACUUAUCCUGCAAAUCAGGUGGUCAAACCAGAAGAAGAUGACUUCCAGGAUUUUCAAGAUGCUUCCAAGUCAGGAUCCCUUGGUGACUCAUUCAGUGAUUUCCAAGAGUUGCCUGCUUCUUCAAAAUCAAAUUCUCAGCACGGAAACAGUGCCCCUUCUUUGUUGAUGCCGCUUCCUGGAACUAAAGGAUCAGCGUCAGUGGAUAAAUAUGCUGUGUUUAAAGGAAUUCCAGCUGACAAGUCCUCUGAAAAUACUGUUUCAUUUGGAGAGCCUGGUGAUAAAUAUAGUGCUUUCAGAGAACUUGAACAGACAGCAGAGAGUAAAUCUUUAGGAGAAAACUUUGCAGAAUUCAUAUCUGUGGGAAAUGAUGAUGGUUUCACCGAUUUUAAAACCGCCGAUAGUAUCUCACCACUGGAGCCACCAGCAAAAGACAAACCUUUUCUGGCAGCCUUCCCCUCAGGAGCUCUCCAACAGAAACCACAAACACAAGUGAAAAAUCCUCUGAACUUAGCAGACCUAGAUAUGUUUUCCUCAGUUACUUGCAACAGCGAGAAACCAUUGUCCUUUUCAGCUGCAUUUAGUGCAUCAAAAUCUGUUUCCUCACGACCCCAGCUAGCGGGAUCUGUGGCACCCAUGACGACAUUGGCGUCAACUAAAACUUCUAGUUUGGCUGAUGAUUUUGGAGAAUUCAACCUUUUUGGGGAAUAUUCUAGUCCAGCGUCUGUUGGGGAGCAGGAUGACUUUGCAGAUUUUAUGGCUUUCAGUAACAGUUCUGUUUCAUCUGAGCAAAAGGCAGAUGACAAAUAUGAGGCCCUUAAAGAGGAAGGUAGUCCUGUUCCUCUAAGCAGCAGCGUGAGCAGCACAGUGAAGAACGGACAGAACUCUGCCGCCGCGUCUACCAAAUACGAUGUCUUCAGACAACUCUCUCUGGACGGAUCGGGACUAGGUGUUGAAGAGCUGAAAGAUAGCACUCCUUCAGGAAAGAGUGAUGAUGAUUUCGCCGACUUCCACUCCAGUAAAUGUUCUUCCAUGAACUCGGACAAAUCCCUGGGAGAGAAAGCGGUGGCUUUCAGACACACCAAAGAAGACUCUGCUUCGGUGAAGUCCUUGGAUCUCCCUUCCAUUGGUGGCAGCAGUGUUGGCAAGGAGGACUCUGAAGAUGCACUCUCUGUUCAGUUUGACAUGAAACUGGCUGAUGUGGGAGGAGAUCUUAAGCAUGUCAUGUCUGAUAGCUCUUUGGAUUUACCAACAGUUAGUGGCCAGCAUCCUCCUGCUGCAGAUAUAGAGGACUUAAAAUGUGCUGCUUUUGGAACCUACAGUAGCAAUUUUGCAGUGAGCACACUUACAAGCUAUGACUGGUCAGACAGGGAUGAUGCCUCUCAGGGCAGAAAACUCUCUCCAUUUGUCCUCUCAGCAGGAAGUGGGGCCUCCUCAGCUGCCUCAGCUCUUCAAAAGAAAGAGACUUCUUUUGGCAGUACUGAAAACCUCACCAUGACAUCUCUCUCCAAAGUCACAACCUUCACAAGCGAGGAUGCUCUUCCAGAGACGACCUUUCCGGCUUUUGCCAAUUUUAAAGAUGUGAUCCCCCAGGCCAGCGAGCAAAAGGAAUAUAAAAGUGGGGACUACAGGGAUUUCACCAGACAGGACGUGCCUGCAGCUGAACGGAGCCAAGAGGCCAUGUGCCCAAGCCCAGCCUCCAGCAGCACUUCUCACGACACCCCCAAAGAAUGUACAGAUGACUUUGGAGAGUUUCAAAGUGAAAAGCCCAAAAUCAGCAAAUUUGACUUUCUAGUGGCCAAUUCACAAGGCAAAAUGAAAUCCAGUGAAGAAAUGAUCAAAAGUGAGCUGGCAACCUUUGACCUUUCCGUUCAAGGAUCGCACAAGAGGAGUCUGAGCCUUGGUGAUAAAGAAAUAAGCCGUUCUUCUCCUUCUCCGGCCCUGGAGCAGCCUUUCAGAGACCGCUCCAACACACUGAGCGAGAAGCCCGCCCUGCCCGUCAUCCGCGACAAGUACAAAGACCUGACAGGAGAGGUGGAGGAGAAUGAGAGAUAUGCAUAUGAAUGGCAGCGGUGCCUAGAGAGUGCCCUAGAGGUCAUUAAGAAGGCCAAUGAUACCUUAAAUGGAAUCAGUAGUAGUUCUGUGUGCACAGAAGUAAUUCAGUCAGCUCAAGGCAUGGAAUACUUAUUAGGUGUUGUUGAGGUGUACAGGGUAACCAAACGUGUGGAGCUGGGGAUAAAAGCCACUGCAGUGUGCAGUGAGAAACUCCAGCAGUUGCUGAAGGACAUCGAUAAAGUAUGGAAUAACCUAAUUGGCUUCAUGUCACUCGCCACACUCACGCAAACACCCAUCAGGACUCAGCCACCGUGUUUCGAAGUUCUCAGAAGCAUUCUCUGCCACCACGCUCCUUUCCCCUUGAGUCGGCCUGAUGAAAAUUCACUGGAUUUUUCCUCUUGUAUGCUACGGCCCGGGAUUAAAAACGCUCAGGAGCUUGCUUGUGGGGUGUGCCUUUUAAACGUGGACUCCAGGAGCCGGAAAGAAGAGAAGCCUGCAGAAGAACAUCCUAAAAAAGCGUUCAACUCAGAAACGGACAGCUUCAAGCUGGCGUAUGGAGGACACCAGUACCAUGCCAGCUGUGCCAACUUCUGGAUCAACUGUGUCGAACCAAAACCUCCCGGCCUCAUCCUGCCUGACUUGCUCUGAAAUAUCCUGAAAGCUCCUCUGGGAAGUACUGGCUGGGUUUGUUUGUUUUCCAUCACACGCCUUGGGGUGACAGGGACCAAUAAACAGAAUGCGAAUGCUGCAGAGCUCCCCCCACCGCCAUCAAUCUACGUGAAGAAAUCCUCAAGAGGUGGCGGGGGAGGAAGUGCUGCAGAAGUUCCCAGCCUUUCCCACCGACGACCUUUGCCCCAGGUUCCCACGGCCAGUCUUUGGGAUUCGAGGUAAAACUGCUCUACCCAAACUGCACUGGAAGUUUGCUAACUUAUCUCUAGUUCUCUUAAGAUGUUUUAAAACAUGGACCACAAUUUUCUUUAUCUAAGGAAUAUUUGCUGCUGCAGUAUUGAAACUGUGAAGAAUUGACAUUUGAAGAAAAAUAAAUUAUUGCUAUAGGACUGGAGUUGGAAGGAUGCUUUGAGCCAGUGUUUGUAUCUAGAACACUUACUGUUCUGUGAAGUAGAAUGCAUUUAUCCGCAUUUAGUUUGUUAAUAUCUGAAAUGAAUAAAAGGGGAAAUUGUGAUUAAACUGAUAUUCUUUUUAUCGAAAAAAUUGUUUCUCUCCAUUGGACAGUGGCAGGUGGGUGAGGGUAGAUUUGCCAGCUUUACUGUUGCAACCAAACCAAUUCUCUAUUCAUUCAUUUCUAAGACUGUCAACUUUUAAGAAAACUUUCUCAAAACAUGACUGGGAACUUUGCAGUGAGAAGAAUGUUCAUUUUGACAGAGGCCUGAAUCUCGGUGUAUCGGAGUGAAUGUCGUUGCCCUUAGGCGCCUUCACUGAAAGCCUUGUUUUACCUCACACCCAGACUGUGAACGUGAUAUUUUUUUCAGAUGAGAUUUGGAAAGCCAGCUGAAUGAAAUCUCUUUGCAGAGGCCUCUAGCCAAAUUUCCAGAAAUGACUGCACAGGGACCGAUACUGCAGUAUCUCUGUGAGAGACCGGGAAGAUAAUUCAGGGUUUAGAAGGUGGAGCUCCUGGCCUAGCGAGGAGAAAAGUAAGGUGUGUAUUUGUGGUAGAGGCACGUGACUUAGAAGCAAAGGCAGGAAAUUAUUCAAAAACAGCACUGAAUUUUAGAAGGAAAAGGCUCAUGCUCUCUGAUAUAGGGAAUUUUCUUUGCCACUUAAAAUGAAUGCAAAAAAUCAGGGGGAAAAAAGCCAAGCGGUUAAAGACUGUGUUAUUCCUGGGAAGAACCGGCCGAACUAGGACACACAUUUCUCUCAAUUGUUAGUUACGUGCUUUAUGAAGAGAUUUUGAAUCUUGUGUUUCACUUUGUAUGGCUUAAGCUCUCUGACCUAAACUUAGUUUUUAUUUGUAAACUGGAAAAGUUGGUUUUGUCUGUGUAAUUGCUGCUUUACAUAAUUAAUUAGAUCAUUUUCCCUCCUGAGGACAAAACUUGAGGAAAUGGUUUUGUUCCACCUUACUACCUUUUACUUCCAUCCGCUCCAAGAAAGAUAGACAACAUUUUCAUUCCCGAGCUAUUGAUGAGGCUGCUUCUGCUUUACCUGGCUGCGCGCCCGAGUGCACAGAGAACUGUUGACGAGGUAAAUCUGUUUUUCUCAUUUGCUCCAGAUGAUACCAUCUCCAGCUACUAAUGCCUGGGACAGCUGUCUCUGUAUUGUUACCUUUGCCCUCCACAGAGCCAGGGGGUGUUAGUGACAACACAAGUCGCCUGGUUUCUAGCAGGUUUUGCCUGAGGCCUCUGGGUUCCACUUUAGCCUGUGCAGCACCUAGGGUUUCAACAGGACACCAAAUUUCAAGCAGCCUUCUAAUUGGUCUUAUACAUUCCAUGAUAGACCAUGAUAACAAAAUCUACCUUUGCGACAAGAAAUGUCUCCCAGUUUGACAGAAUUUACAUUGCAGAGACAUUUUUUGGAAAUGCCAUGUGGACUAUUAUUCUGUCACAGUGGUCCAUAUUGAUGACAUUUUUAAAAGUAUGCUCACCUGUUAACCAGAUUGGCUUCCAUUUCUAGAUGUAUUCCAGAAUGCCUCAGAUAAAACUCCUAAGUAUAAUUACUGCUGACCUUACCAAGUAUGAUAGGUUUAGUCACUCCAUGGGAGGUGCCAGGG